AUGGCUUCGCAAUUCAAGACGGGUUCUCUCAGGAAGUCGGGCGCCAAGUCGAAAGCGCGAAAUUCGGAAGCCAAGUGGAAGUCCUCUAACGCAAAGUCAAAGGCGGCCGUGUCGGCGCCUAUCCUGCAACUGCCGCCCGAGAUCGUCCACCUGCUCGUCGAACUACUCGACCCCCAGGACCAGCUAGCCCUCAAUAGGGCGAACCGCUGGUUCUACUCUAUCAUCAAUCCCGUUAUAUACACGCACAAUGUCAGACAUGGCAACUCGACCUGCCUCUAUUGGGGUGCCGAAAACGGCCUGCUUGGCACUCUUCAGCAUGCCCUUGCUGCCGGUGCCGACCUGAAUGCCCUAGGCCCGCUAUCCUACAAGUCAGCCCACAGAGACACUGCCAGCGAGCCCGCCAUCGAGAUCGUGACGGUCGAGCCUACGGAAGAUGAUGCCAACCCUGGGACACGCUCUCGGGCCCCUUUCUGCGCACCCUUACACCUGGCCGCCAAGAAAGGUCACCGCGAUGUCGUCAAGUGGCUGCUUGACAAUGGCGCCGAUAUCGACGCUCCUUCUUACCGGGUUUGCGGUUGUCAGCCGCUCAAGGCCGGCAGGCAACACUCCCGCCGCCUCUCGGAAUGGCCCCGGUGGCGUGCCCUUCACACCGCCAUGUGCCACCAAGAGCGGUCGGUAGCCGAACUGCUGAUCUUCCGCGGCGCAUCGCUCGAGCUCGAUCUGACACCCGGCCACAACCAUACUGCCCUUCACUCGGCAGCAGCCCACGGUCUGGUCCCUAUCAUCAAGCUGUUAGCAAUAAACGACGUCAACCUCGAUGUCAACCAACGAGAUGCAUGGGAUAAUACGGCUUUACACUACGUGGGGGAACUGUGGAGACCCCGCGACUCGGCCGAGAUCCGCGACACCAUCACCAAACUCCUUGCUCUCGGCGCCGACCUGGAGGCUCACAACGAGAACGGCCAUACCCCUUUGCUCAAUGCAUGCUACAGAGGCAACUUUGCCGUCGCCCACCGGCUGGUGAGCAUCGGCGCCAACCCGGACCCCCACCAGUCCAUUCCCAACUUUCGAGAUUGCCGCCCGCUUUAUUACUGCAUGCUCCCACGAGCCGAUUUCUUCGACGUGGACGACACCCGCGUCAAGCACGAUGAGUUUGAGGGCAACCGCGUGACCUUAAUCAAGGCGCUAGUCGACGCCGGGGCCGCGGUAAACGCUCGGUUUGACAAGCGCGGGUAUCGCAAUGUGACGCCGUUGAUGCUUGCUUGCGAACUUGCCGAGGCGCGAGUCGUGGCUGCCCUCGUUCAAUGCGGUGCCGAGAUUAAUGCACAAGACCGAAACGGGAGGACGCCCUUGUCGUACGCUUGCCGCGAGAGGCCCGUCCAUCCGAGAGACAUGGCAGAGAUGGCUACGAUCCUGCUGCGCAGGGGCGCUCGCAUGGACCUGGAGGAGGACCCGGAAUCCUGUCCACUUGAUUGCGCCAUCAAGCGGUCGAGGUGGCACAAUGAUGACGUUCUCAGGGCGAUGCUCAAAGCGUCCGGCAGGGUGAACUUGACUAGGGACAAGCUGGAACGAGCCAUGGAACGCUGCGCUUCCAGCGGCAACCACAGGGCCCUGAAGCUGCUGCUCGGCUUUGCUCGCCGGGUAUACACCGUCACGAACUUUAUGCUCAAAGACUACAUUGACCGCGUCAUCAACCAGCAGGACCCUUGGAACCAGACCGAAACCUUCAGGGUUGUUAUGGAAUUUGGUUCGCAUGUGUACACCAACGAGAUGCUGCUGUACAAGACCAUCACCCAGGGCAACCGGGAACUAAGCCUUGAGACCCUGAAGCGCGGCGUCUCAGUCAGCGAAUCCCGGUUCCAAGGCGGGCAGACAUUUCUGCAUCUCGCAUGCCAAUGGGGGUCGCUCGACGUGGUGCAGGCCCUGCUGGAGCGGGGAGCCGACGUCAACGUGUUUGACAACGAGCUGAGAACGCCCUUGUCCAUCGUCGUCCCCAACCCCCUCGCCCACGACGUAGCAGUCGCGCUGAUGCUCGAGGUGGCCGACCCGUUCCUCGUGCCCCCGGACGACCUGCUGCAGCAGCUCUAUGGCGACGAGGACGAAGACGAGUGGCGCUACGUCAAGCGGCGGUACCUGACCGCGUUUGACCUCGCCAUCAUCGGCAACCGCGACACCCUGGUGCGGGAGAUCCUCGCCCGUUACGCCCUGCCCGAGAUCCCGCGGGGUUCCCGGUUCAGCUACGUCCACCGCGCCGCCCAGAACCCGGACCACAUCAUCCUGAAGAUGCUCCUGGACAAGGGCGCCGACCCCCGCGGCGGAGAGGACUGCCCUAACCCGCCGGCCGUCAGCCUCAUCCGUCGCGUGUGGGACCAGCCGAAGAUGCCCGAUGCCGGGGUGGUGUUGCUGAAGACAGCCAAGAUCCUUCUUGACAAGUAUCGCGAUGCUUCAGAGCUUCCGUGGGAGCUUUUCGAGGAAAUUGCCUUGUACAAAACCGAGGAUUUCGACAAGAAAAAGCUUCAGCACACUGUCCAGACCGAGCUAGGGAUUUUACGCCGGCCCAAAGAUGUCGAUGGUGGCAGGUUUGCGGCGGUGGGUAUUACCAGGCCCGGGUUUUGUGUCGAGUGGCGCACAACCUCGCACAAAUUGCUACCCGCCGGUCCCUGCCCCCCUCCCCCCGGAUGCCCCGUACUACCCGCUGGCCCCCCUCCCCUCCCCCCGGAUGCCCCGGUACUAUCAAAUACAAUGGGUACACCUAGAGGCGGCCGGUGA